UAAGAUUUAAAAAAGGAACGAAAUCGUAACCGAGCUUCCGCCAUGAUUUUCGCUCGCCUUGACGUCACAACCGCCGCCGGCGCCUGUUUGUCGGCAAAAGUAUAAAGGGAGCCGCCACUUUGAAAACGCCGCAUUUCGCCGAUCGCUCUCAACGGAAAGUGCUACGCGCUGAUUAUUUUGAUCAAAUCAAACAUGGACAAGAACGAUAUGACGUACAAACUCCUGGACCUGAUGCAGAAGACAGGGUACCCCAUAGUGCAGCACAAUGGCCAAAGGAAGUAUGGCCCACCGCCGGACUGGGUUGGGUCUCCCCCACAGAAAGGUUGCGAAGUCUUCGUCGGCAAGCUUCCCCGAGAAAUCUUCGAAGACGAGCUCGUCCCUAUCUUCUCAAAGGUCGGCAAGAUAUACGAGAUGCGUCUGAUGAUGGACUUCUCCGGGUCUAACCGAGGAUACGCGUUUGUGACUUACACCAACCGGGUUGACGCCUUCAAAGCUGUUAAGGAGCUGAACGGGUACGAGAUCAGGGCCGGCAGGCAUAUUGGGGUGGUGAAAUCUGUGGACAACUGCCGGCUGUUCGUUGGGGGUAUCCCGAAGACGAAGACCAAAGAGGAGGUGCUUGAAGAGUUGUCGAAGCGCGUCGCCGGGAUCGUCGAUGUGAUUCUCUACAAGAACUGCUUCGAUAGAAGGCUGAAUCGGGGCUUCGCCUUUGUAGAAUUCACGUCGCACCGCGCCGCUGCGAUGGCGAGGCGCGCGCUUAUUCCUGGCUGCGUAAAGAUCUGGGAUCAAGAGGUGAUGGUGGACUGGGCAGAGCCGGAGCCAGACAUUGAUGACGAGCAAAUGAAAAAGGUAAAAGUGCUCUAUGUAAGGAACUUCUUGAUUAGAACCACCCCUGAAACUAUUCAAACUGUAUUUGAAAAUGCUAUUCAGAACAAAAUUGAGCGAGUUAAAAAGAUCUAUGACUAUGCGUUUAUCCAUUUCUAUGAGCGAGAGCAUGCUGAGCUGGCAUUAUCAAGAUUGCAAAAUGCCGAAAUCGAUGGCAGCAAUAUUGAGAUCAGAUGGGCCAAGCCAGUUGACCGUGACUUGUAUCGUAUACAGAAAUUGAACCGUGGCAAUGCGAAAUUCAACAAUAGCCUAGACUUUACACAGACACUUUUGCUUUACAAACAGCACUUAGAGAAGAAGGAAUAUGCGAAUUCACCAAGCAAAGAGGACGAAGGAAUCGGAUCAGUGGGCGCUGGUGACUCAUCGUGUGGCUCUCCUAUAGACAUAAAGCCCUAUAACUUAAUGUACCACACAUCUCCGCAGAAGGAAAACUUUCCCUUGGCUCCUGCAAAGUUGGAUGCUAUGUGUAAAAGGUACAUGUGGUCUCCACCCAGAUAUGAAUACCAGAAGUAUGUAGACCCAACUGGUGCAGAGGUUUGGGUUGGAAGAGUGGAGCUGCCACAAGUGGGGCUGCCGUUGCUGAACACCCCUCAAAGCAUUGGCCCGCUGACAACGCGAUCCUGCUUCUCUGUGCAGCAAGCCCAUGUGGAAGCAGCUGAAAAUGCCUUGCAUCAGAUUAAGCUUCUCCGUGCUGACCUCAUCCAACGCUCGACACCGGCGCCGGUGCCGCCCAUGUACCCGUCUCUCCUGCCGCCAGUGCCGAGCUGCGUGCCUCUCCCCUACGAAUACCUCUACCGCCAACCACCCAUGCCAGUCCCAGCGAUCUGGCGAACCGUAUGAAUAAGCUAACUUUAAUUCCGAGUAAGUUUUAUUGAAAUGUAUGCUCUAUUUAUGGUAAAUAAGGCUACGUUUCGUUCGUUGUAUGUGAAAAAAUGGAGCAGAAACAACGGUACAAUUAUGGACAUUGUAUUUUUGUUUCGAAGUUCUAAGUUUUUUAGCGUAGACUUUUUCAUUCAUCAAGCAUUUUUAUUGUUGUUGCCUCUUAUGAUAGACUAAUGUUGACUCUAAUAUAGUUUUAUUAGGUUUAAGAUAAAAAGUGCCUACUUUGACUAAGUAUGUUACCUCUUGUGUUCAAAUAGUUUAUAUUUUUGACCAUUCCUCUAAAAGACGCGCAAUCGCAGUUUUCCAUUGACAAAUAAUCGAAACUUGAUUCUGGUCUAAACCAAUUACUUGGUUAAAUAUUUAAUUGUUAAUUUUAGAGUAAUUUAAUUGUUGAUUUUCUUUAUUUUUGAAUUUUUUUAGUAACGGCGUUAUUUACUAAUGUAAAGCUGCCAUUGCAGUGCUUCCUUGUGCUUAUACAUGGUAUAUUCAGAGAGAAUGCACUGUUUUGUUUGUUUUUUGUUAAGAUGUGAGACUGUAACUUUGAAGAACAAUAAAUGAUAUUUUGCGGAAUA